AUGUUCUCCCUGUUCUUCUCGUUUUGCUGCAGAGGGCAAUUCGCACCGCUGCUCCUCCUGGUUCUGUCCCUGAGUGAUGGUUUGACUGCUUUUCAGAUCACUGGUGCACUGGGGGGCGUCAAUUCGACUACAGGAGCACGACCUUUGCGAUACGAGAUCCAUGACUUUGCAAACUCAGGCCCGGCUUUUGAUUUGUUCAUCCUCGCCUUGAUAGAUCUCCAAAGCGUGAACCAGACAGAAGAGCUGUCUUACUUCCAAGUCUCAGGCAUUCAUGGUUUCCCUCGAAUCCCCUGGGACGGUGUCUCGGGCACCGGUAGCUAUCCAGGAUUUUGCACGCACGCUGCAACUCCCUUUCCAACCUGGCACCGACCGUAUGUGGCACUGUUCGAGCAAUUGAUCUGGCAGUAUGCGCAAGGCAUUGCUAGCCACUAUCCCGAUGAUCAACGUGACGAAUAUUCGAGUGCGGCACUCAGUUUGCGGGUUCCUUACUGGGACUGGGCUGUUUAUCCAGCAUUGCCUGACGUGGUCUCUGAGCCUCAAAUCUCCAUCAACACUCCGAAUGGGUGGCAGACAGUAAACAAUCCUCUCUACACCUAUGUUUUCCAGUCAGAUGCCGCAGGCAAUGGGUUUCCGCUCUCCGAUCCGAUGGCCAACUUUUCUGAAACCGUUCGCUGGUGGAGCCCAGACACAAAAUCUAGCAAUCAAAGCGCAGCCACUGCGGCGUUGCUGGCCAACGCUCCUGCAAUCCAAGCAUUGACGUAUCUAAUGUUCACGUCUGUGACGAAUUACACCACGUUCUCAUGCACCUGGCCCGGUGGGCAAUGGUUAACAGCGAACAAUAUCGAGUCCAUUCACAACAGCAUCCACAACAGCAUAGGAGGGUAUGGUCACAUGCAAUUCCCAGAAGUCGCAGGCUUUGACCCUUCGUUCUGGUUGCAUCAUGCCAACGUCGAUCGUUUGUUCGCCAUGUGGCAAGCGCUGUAUCCGGACAGCUACAUUCAGCCGACCGUGAAUGCAUAUGGAUCGUACUACGAGAAUGUUGGGUUUGUCGAUUCGGGAACAACCGCUUUGGCGCCCUUCCAUUCUGAUGAUGGCAGCACGUUGUUCACCUCUGAUGACGUCCGCAGUACGAGGACAUUCGGCUACAGUUAUCCGGAACUCCCAGACUGGGAGAUGAGUCCAGAUGAACUAGCUAACAACCCCUUCAUCAAAUGGUACAAUCAGCAGCUCAACGCGAAAGAACAGGCGAAGAUCCUCGAACAGUGGUCGAUCAGCGUGCUUGUGGAUCGGUUCCCGCUGAACACGAGCUUCUGCAUUGACUUCUUUAUGGGGGAUGCUCCUGACGAAGUGUCCGCCUGGCCCGCCGCACCCAACCUCAUCGGCACAUAUGCUCAAUUCAACCCCGCCAAUGUCACAAUGCUCCAUCCCAACGGAUACCCUGAAGGGCAGGUCCGUGGGGAGAUCUCCAUGACUCAUACACUGGCAGCAGCUCAGUUGUCAACCCUACCGGCGAAAAUGAGGCUGUCAGGGAAGCUGCUCUUGCUGAGCGCCUCACUCAUUACCCAUGCCCUUGCACAGGCGAGGAUCGCAUUUACUUCUGUCCCUGCCUUGGUAGUUGCCGGGCAAUCCUAUAAUAUUUCGUGGGCUGGCGGAGAUGGUUCACCUGUCACAAUAACGCUGCGAGAAGGAGAUCCGAAUGACCUCAAGACGAUUGCGACGCUGGCCGAUGGCGUAACCGAAGAUUUCUUUGUCUGGGAUGUCUCGAAGAGUUUGGCGACCGCAUCGGACUACGCACUUCAGAUCACGCAGGGACAGGACUCGAUCAACUACAGCGGCUUGUUCUCGAUCGCGGAUGGGAGUGGCACGUCGACCAUCUCGUACUCGGGUCUGAGCACAACGACGGGCGCCACGAAUGCCACCACCAGCGUGAUCAGCACCACGAGCACUGCAAUCGCUUCGUUGGGGAAAAGCACCAUAAUUCCCAGCAACACGACUUUCAGCUCUGCAACCCUGUCGGCUACCACCAGCACGAGCUUUAUUCCCGCCGUGACCCAACACAUGACCUCCACUUCCGCUUCCUCUAGCAGCGAGAGCCCACCGAGCUCCACGUCAGCUGCUCCUACGGCGGCGGCGACGACAAGUGUGCCGGACGCUGGGGCAGCUGGGCAGCUGGGCAGCUCUGCUGCUUUGGUGCUAGGAACGUCGUCAUCCGCCCAUGCUGAUGUGAAUGUGACAUCGACUAUGCCCGAAGUGAAUGGCGUGCUCAAGGAGCAGAACCAGCCAGAUGGGGGACGCUCUGCCUCGGGUCGAGUAUCCAGUGCUUCCAUGAUGCGUUCUGUUCUAUCGUCUUCAGACUCCUCUCCCUCUGAAUCCGUGCCCUGGUCAUCGGCCAUCGGUCACGCCGGCACUGGGAAGUCAGGCAGAGUAAUUGAGCGACUUCAAGGAGAUAUUGACCGUCUACGCCGCGAGAAACAACUGCUCAAGACACGGCUUGAGGAAGCAGAGAAAGAGAAUGAGACCUUGAAGACACGGAACCAAUCACUGCAGGAUCGGACGAGCAACUACGAGCAGUCUCACGAAGCGAGUCUUCGGCAGCUGACACGGAGAGAGAGACAAGUCGAAGAGCUCCGAGAAGAGCUGAGGAAAGAAAAAUUGAAGACUGCAGCGGCAGAGGCUCAAGCCGUGGCCGCGACCUCGAAUGAGGAGAUUUGGAGGGACCAAGCCAGCCAGGCGAAGUCUCUCGCUGUUCAGAAAGAAGUCGAGUACGAAACCGUGGUCGCCUGUCGAAAGGUGGACUACGAUCGACAUCAAAGUGGGUUGGAAAAGAUCAAGGGCAGUUUUGACGCUCUGCUACGACGACAGCAGGAUGAUUUGGAAAAGCAGAAGAAAUUGGAGAUCAUUGCCGAGCAGCAACGCCAGACCAUUGCCCAGCUCGAGGAGCUGACCAAGCGACUGACGUCGAAUUUCAAGGCCUACAGAAAUGAAGUCGACGCCGCCAUCUCCGAUCUUCGCCAGGCUGCGAACAACAACGACCAAGCAUUGACUCAGAAGUUAGAUGAGAUGGCCGAAGUGACAGGCCGGAUGCGAUGGGUCAUGAAGCUUGAAGAUAUUGUGAAUCACAACCAUCACGAUCCCGUUCAAGGCCAAGCACAGCACUCACGAAGAGAUCACGUCUCGAGACCGCCUUCGGCCCACGAAGAACCUUUGAAGAGAAGCCGCAGCCCCACGAAGAAUGUGCUCACGAAACACCGGCGGAAAGAUUCAGCAAAGGCCUCGAGAUGA